CAAAAAUUGGCGGCAACUGCGAAAAGGGGCUUGCCAGCUGUUUUGUGUUUACAAACUUGCGUUUGCGCGCUGACUCCCUCCGCAAGGUGACCCCUACACUCAUUUCAAGUCAGUAAAGCCGGCGAGGCGACCUCAAGCUCAUUAUUCGGUCGCCUUCACGAAGACAACAUGUCCAUCCCGCAGUCGGACAGCGAAAGAAGAAAACAAAUCAGCGUCCGGGGAAUCGCCCAACUCGACGACGUCAACGAAAUCAAGAAGACCUUUAACCGCCACCUCCACUACACUCUAGUGAAGGACCGGAAUGUGGCCACCGCCAGAGACUACUACAUCGCGCUAGCCCACACCGUGAAGGACCACCUGGUCUCGAGAUGGAUCCGCACGCAGCAGCACUACUACGAAAAGGACCCCAAGCGGGUCUACUACCUCUCUCUAGAAUUCUACAUGGGCCGAUCUCUCCAAAACACCAUGAUUAACCUAGGCAUCCAAAGCUCCGUGGACGAAGCUCUCUACCAACUAGGCUUAGACAUCGAAGAACUCGAGGAAUUGGAAGAGGACGCCGGUCUGGGCAACGGCGGCCUGGGCCGCCUCGCCGCCUGUUUUCUAGACUCCAUGGCCACCCUAGGCAUGGCGGCCUACGGCUACGGCAUCCGCUACGAAUACGGCAUCUUCGCCCAGAAGAUCAUCAGCGGCGAACAACAAGAGGAGCCCGACGAUUGGCUCAGAUUCGGCAACCCGUGGGAAAAAGCCCGCCCUGAGUACAUGCUACCCGUGAACUUCUACGGUAACGUGGUGGACUCACCCACCGGGCGGAAAUGGGUCAACACCCAGGUGGUGUUCGCGCUCCCUUACGAUAACCCCAUUCCCGGGUACAACAACAACGUCGUCAACACGUUGAGGUUAUGGUCGGCGAAGUCGCCCAUCGACUUCAAUUUGCAAUUUUUCAACGACGGGGAUUAUAUUCAGGCGGUUCUGGACCGAAAUCUGGCUGAAAACAUAUCGCGGGUUUUGUACCCUAAUGACAAUAACUUUGGCGGCAAAGAGCUGCGGUUGAAGCAGGAGUAUUUUAUGUGUGCGGCUACGCUUCAAGAUAUCAUCCGGCGGUUCAAGGCGGCGAAAUUCGGGACGCGCGAGCCCACUAGAACUAAUUUCGACUUGCUGCCGGAUAAGGUCGCGAUUCAACUGAAUGACACGCACCCGUCUUUGGCCAUUCCAGAGUUGAUGAGGAUUUUGCUGGAUAUUGAGGGACUUCCGUGGAAUAGCGCGUGGGACAUCACUGUACGAACGUGCGCCUACACCAACCAUACUGUUUUACCUGAAGCCCUGGAGCGCUGGCCUAUUGACAUGCUCCAGAACAUCCUCCCGCGUCACUUGGAGAUCAUCUACCACAUCAACCACCUCCAUCUCGAAAACGUGAUGAAAAAGUGGCCGCACGAUCUCGACAGAAUGCGCCGCAUGUCUUUGAUUGAAGAAGACGGAAUCAAGCGCGUCAACAUGGCCCACUUGUCCAUCGUAGGCUCGCACGCGGUCAACGGAGUCGCACGAAUCCACUCAGAAAUCAUCAAAGCCGAUUUGUUUAAAGACUUCUACGAACUCAGUCCCGAAAAGUUCCAGAACAAGACUAACGGAAUUACUCCUCGGCGGUGGCUCGUGCUGUGUAACCCCGGCUUGAGUGACCUCAUUUGUGACAAAAUCGGGGAAGAGUGGAUGGUGCACCUCGACCAGCUCCAACAACUCAAACAAUGGGCCAAAGACCCCGUUUUCCAACGAGGCAUAGCUAAAGUCAAGCAAGAGAACAAACUCAAGCUUGCGCAGUUGAUCGAGAAAGACUACGGGGUUAAAGUCAACCCGGCUUCCAUGUUUGACAUCCACGUUAAGCGUAUCCACGAGUACAAAAGGCAGCUUUUGAAUUGUAUGCACAUUAUCACUCUCUAUAAUAGGAUAAAGAGGAACCCGGCGGCUAAAAUCACCCCCAGGACUGUGAUGAUUGGUGGAAAGGCAGCUCCUGGGUACUACACCGCGAAGAAGAUCAUCAAGUUGAUUAAUUGCGUGGGGAAUGUGGUCAAUAAUGACCCGAUCGUCGGGGAUAAGUUGAAGGUUAUUUUCCUGGAGAAUUAUCGGGUUACGCUGGCCGAGAAGAUCAUCCCGGCGGCGGAUUUGAGCGAGCAGAUUUCGACAGCGGGAACUGAGGCGUCGGGUACUGGGAACAUGAAGUUCCAAUUAAAUGGCGCCUUGACUGUUGGUACUCUGGAUGGUGCCAACGUGGAAAUGGCUGAAGAGAUGGGUUUGGAUAAUAUUUUCAUUUUUGGAAUGACCGUGGAGGAAGUGGAGGCGUUGAAACAGAAAGGGUACAACGCGUACGACUACUAUAACGCGAACCCCGAAUUAAAACAAGUAGUUGAUCAGAUUCAAAACGGGUUCUUUAACCCUAAUAACCCAGACGAGUUUAAGGAUCUGGCUGACAUUUUGCUUAAGUAUGAUAGGUUUUACUUGCUGGCUGACUAUGACGCCUAUAUCAAGAAACAAGAAGAAGUCAGCGCCGUCUAUGAGAACCAGUCCAAGUGGAUAGAAAUGGCCAUUAAUAAUAUCGCGUCGUCUGGAAAGUUCUCCAGUGACCGCACUAUCAUAGAAUACGGGAAAGAUAUCUGGGGGAUUGAGGCCAAUUACGCGAAAUUGCCUGCCCCACAUGAACCAAGAGAACUGGCCUUGAAGGAUGCCUAAGUUUCGAUUUAUUUUGUUCCCGCCGGGGAAAGUGAUGUUACUUUGUAGUAGAGAGAAGAGUAUUGUAUAAUGUUGACAAAAUGUAUGUUGGUAUUGUGCCAAAGUUUUCAAAAUUUUAAUACUCUAGCUGUGUUAUUGGUGCUAAGCGGUUUUCUCUUAUUUUCACUUCUUUCUUACUUGCUUAUGCCGAAAUUUUUAUUUUGUUCGAACUCGACUUUUGUUGUGUAUUGUUUGAGGUUCUUGUAUUAUGUUAAAGCAUUUUAAAUAAAGGAUAAUUAGCCGCUUUUGUGAGCGACGUAUUGUACAUUUGAUUUGUUUUGUUGUUGUAAGUCGCCAUGUUUAAGCAAUAAUUCUUGUAACGAAAUAAUUAUUAUAAAUACAAUAAAUCCGUUUGUGAUU